AUGGUUAUUUUUAAGUCGAAAUACCCUGAUGUUGAAAUUCCUUGUGAUGUUGGGAUUUAUCAAUUUAUCAUGAGUAAUCCAAAUAAAAUUCCGGACGACAAAGAAGUGUUUAUUGAUGCCAUAACUCAUAAAAAGAUUACUUUUGGUGAUUUGAAGAGAGAUACAAAAAGAUUUGCUGCAGGAUUGCAAGAUCAUGGAUUCAAGCGUGGUGAUGUUAUAUGCAUCUAUUCUCCAAAUCAGGUCGACUAUGCAACUGUUGUAUUUGGAUGUUUAGCAGCCGGAGGAAAAGUAUCACCAGCCAACUCUUCGUAUACUGCAAAAGAAUUAGCAUGCCAACUACUCGAUUCCGGUGCCACUGUUAUAAUUGCACAUCCAGAUAGCAUAUCAACAACAAUUGAAGCAUCCAUUGACGCAAAAAUUCCCAAAUCUAAUAUAUUUGUAUUCGGUGAUCAUGAAGUUAAUGGAAUUCAACCUUAUACUAGUAUACUUAGUAUACGUGAAGCAGAACCUGUUUGCUUUACACCAGAAGAAAUUAAAACCACCACUGCAUUCUUAUGCUACAGUUCUGGAACUACGGGUAGAAAUAAAGGUGUAGAAACAACUCAUUAUAACUUAAUUGCUAAUCUUAUGCAAAUCCGUGCUUUUGAAGGGGAUAAUGUUCAUAGUGGCAUUUGUUAUCUUGGAGUAUUGGGAUCAACAACAAUCGUAAUUCAAAAAUUCGAUAUCAAAACGUACUAUAGAGCGAUUCAGGAUUACAAAAUUGAUAUCGCUCCAAUUGUACCACCAAUCUUGUUACUUAUGGUGAAAAAUCCUGCUAAAUGUAAUCUAAAGUAUGUUAUGUGCGGGGCUGCUCCUUUAAGUCAAUCUUUGAGUGAUGAUUUUGACAGAAUAUACCAUAUUCCUAUUAAACAAAUUUAUGGAUCCGUUGGAGUUCUUCUUCCGAAUAUUGAAGCAAAGAUCAUAUCUGAAAAAGGUCAUGAAUUAUAUCUUCGUGGUCCAAUGGUCAUGAAAGGCUAUCUUAAUAACCAGGAAGCUACAAAUAACUGCAUAGAUAAAGAUGGUUGGUUUCGUACAGGAGAUGUUGUUAAAGUUGAUAAAAAUGGAUAUUUCUAUGUAAUCGAUCGUGUAAAAGAAUUGAUCAAGUAUAAGGGUUUCCAAAUAGCACCAGCAGAAUUGGAAUAUCUCCUUUUAACACAUUCUGCGACAGCUGACGCGGCUGUAAUCGGUGUGUACUCAGAAGAAGCAGCUACCGAAAUUCCACGUGCAUAUGUCGUACCAAAAGGACACGAGCCAACCACAAAAUUGAAAAAAGAAAUUAUACAAUAUGUAGCAAGUAAAGUGUCAUAUAUUAAACAAUUAAGAGGUGGUGUGGUGUUUGUUGAUAAAAUUCCUAAAAGUGCAUCAGGAAAGAUUUUGAGGAGGAUGUUGAGAAAUGGCAUAGGUUUUAACGAGCUUACAUUAGAAGAAUCAAAGAUAAAAUCGCGUUUAUAA